AGAUUUCGCCAUUUCCCUCCUCUCGCUAGUCGCAAAUUCUCUUUUGCUCUCUCGCUUUCACUGGUGCCACGAAUCUGUUCUGAUAGAGAGCGAUGACGACGAUGGAGCAGCGUAGAAACCAGAAUGCUGUUCAACAACAAGACGUCGAAGAGAUCCAGCACGGCCCUUUUCCCGUCGAACAGCUUCAGGCGGCAGGUAUUGCUUCCGUUGAUGUAAAGAAGCUUAGGGAUGCUGGUCUCUGCAGUGUUGAAGGUGUUGCAUAUACUCCAAGGAAGGAUCUCUUGCAGAUUAAAGGAAUUAGUGAUGCCAAGGUUGACAAAAUCGUUGAAGCAGCUUCAAAGCUGGUUCCUCUGGGUUUCACUAGUGCUAGCCAGCUCCAUGCCCAGAGACAGGAGAUAAUUCAGAUUACCUCUGGAUCACGGGAGCUCGACAAAGUUCUUGAAGGAGGAAUUGAAACUGGAUCCAUCACUGAGUUAUAUGGUGAGUUCCGCUCUGGGAAGACUCAGUUGUGCCAUACACUGUGUGUAACAUGUCAACUUCCCAUGGAUCAAGGAGGUGGAGAGGGAAAGGCGAUGUACAUCGACGCGGAGGGAACAUUCAGGCCACAAAGACUGUUGCAAAUAGCUGACAGGUUCGGGCUAAAUGGAGCUGAUGUGCUGGAAAACGUGGCCUAUGCGAGGGCCUACAAUACUGAUCAUCAGUCAAGGCUUUUGCUUGAAGCAGCAUCAAUGAUGGUUGAAACAAGAUUUGCUCUCGUGAUUGUCGAUAGUGCUACAGCUCUCUACAGGACAGAUUUCUCUGGAAGGGGAGAGCUUUCAGCCCGACAAAUGCAUCUUGCAAAGUUCUUGCGAAGUCUUCAGAAGUUAGCUGAUGAGUUUGGUGUGGCCGUCGUCAUAACAAACCAAGUAGUUGCGCAAGUAGAUGGUUCAGCUCUUUUUGCUGGUCCACAGUUUAAGCCAAUUGGUGGCAAUAUCAUGGCUCAUGCCACCACAACAAGGCUGGCACUGAGGAAAGGAAGAGCAGAGGAGAGAAUCUGCAAAGUGAUAAGUUCGCCAUGCUUGCCAGAAGCAGAAGCUCGAUUUCAAAUAUCAACAGAAGGUGUAACAGAUUGCAAGGAUUGAUUGUUUUGGCUUGCUUCUCUGCCUUUUUGUGUUGUGAGCAACCCAUUUCACUUGUAAUGUCAAAGAAGCUUGUUCUUUUGUUUCUAGUCACUGUUGAUUAAGAACAGACUGUGUAAGCAUAAAAGUAGUGAUGAGAGAGCAAAAACAAGUUUUGUAAGUAGGUUUA